AUGUCUUCACCUGCUUCUUCUCGUCGUCGCGGCGGAGCAGCCAGGGACUCUGCUACCUCGACGCCCUCCCGCUCCAGACGCUCUCAACAGGUCCCCAGUAGCCCUGGUUCUGCAGCGAUGGAUGACCAACAGUCACAGACUAAUGGCUCACAAGCGACCCCUCGCGCCUCCAGGCGGUUAAGGGGCGAAGCAGCUGUUCAAUCAUCUUCGCCGAUGUUUUAUCAGUCUGACUCCCCCGCGAACGGCACGCAGCGCGGGCAAGAAGGCAGAAUGGAUAUCAGCUCACCUGCACGGGAAGCGUCCGUUGCGGAGGACGGGGACACAACACCUCGGGGCAAUAGGCAAGGAGUUAGAGAUUCCUCGCCUAUCCGCUACAUGUCGAGUUCCAGCCCACCGCGAAGCAACAAUCGCCAGGAACCCCGCUCGGAUAUCCCUAGCAGCAGCAGUGAACUGUUCGUUCGCUCCUCGCGCUCGAACAUUCUCCCAGGAUACUCGCGUGCCUCCUCUCGCCGAAGUGAUAUCCAUUCGGAUGCCUUUGGGUCGACACCAAACCGCCGACGAAGGCUGUUCGUUGAUGCCAAUGGCAUGCCUGUCAAUGAAGUCGAGGCCCAUUCUGAUGCCACGUUCUCGAAUGUCAAUCCAGAUACCUCGGAAGCCGAGGCUCUGGGCGGGACUUCGACCCGUGUCAUUUGGGGUACUAACAUCUCGAUUCAGGACUCCAUGUCCGCGUUCAAGAACUUCCUGUAUAACUUUGCAAAGAAAUACCGCAUGUGGGCUGAUGGAGCCACGGAAGAGGAGACACGUGCCAUGGGUGAGGAGGCAGACGAGAGAGUAUACAUCGCGAUGUUGAACGACAUGCGGAAACUUGGCGUAACGAGUCUCAACCUGGACGCCAAAAACCUAAAGGCCUACCCUUCUACGCUGAAGCUGUGGCAUCAAUUACAUAACUAUCCUCAGGAAAUUAUUCCCCUGAUGGAUCAGAGUGUGAAGGACGUCAUGGUGGAUUUGGCUACAAGGGAAAUGGAGAGCUUGAGGAGCCAGGCUCUGAGAAACCAGCCACAAACAAGAGACAGCAGCUCAGCACCCCCGGCACCAAGCUCCGAUGCUAUGAGUGAUGCUGUUCGAGCACCCCCUCCUGAGAUUCCCGAUUUGGUAGCGGAAGUCGAAAGCAAAACAUACAAGGUUCUGCCUUUUGGCUUGGACAAGACGGUCAACAUGCGAGACUUGGACCCUGCUGAUAUGGACAAGCUUAUUAGCAUCAAGGGUCUGGUUAUUCGCACCACACCAAUCAUACCAGACAUGAAAGAAGCGUUCUUUUCCUGCCAGGUGUGCAAUCAUAGCGUCCGGGUCGACAUUGACCGCGGAAAAAUUCAAGAACCUACUGUCUGUCCACGACGGGUUUGCAGCAGCCCUAACUCGAUGCAACUGAUUCACAACCGCUGUGUCUUUGCGGACAAGCAGGUGAUCAAACUGCAAGAGACGCCCGACACUGUUCCAGAUGGACAAACACCUCACUCGGUCUCACUGUGUGCCUAUGACGAAUUGGUCGAUGUUUGCAAGGCAGGUGAUCGCGUCGAAGUCACUGGUAUUUUCCGAUGUAAUCCGGUGCGCGUCAACCCUCGGCAACGGACGACCAAGGCACUCUUCAAGACGUAUGUGGAUGUUCUGCAUAUCCAAAAGAUUGAUCGUAAGAAGCUUGGGAUCGAUGUGUCGACUGUUGAGCAAGAGCUUUCCGAACAGGCCGCGGGAGACGUUGAGCAGACGCGGAAGAUCACUGCAGAGGAAGAACAGAAGAUCAAAGAAAUCGCUGCGCGGCCCGACGUGUACGAGCUUUUGGCCCGUUCGCUGGCACCCAGCAUCUACGAAAUGGAUGAUGUGAAGAAGGGCAUCCUGCUCCAGCUCUUUGGAGGCACGAAUAAGACCUUCCAAAAGGGUGGCAGCCCUCGGUAUCGAGGCGACAUCAACAUUCUUCUCUGCGGUGAUCCGUCCACGUCCAAGUCACAGCUUCUCCGAUAUGUCCACAAAAUCGCCCCUCGGGGUGUGUAUACCAGCGGCAAGGGUUCGUCUGCCGUCGGUUUGACAGCAUACGUGACUCGCGACCCCGAAACACGCCAACUCGUUCUCGAAUCGGGUGCCCUGGUGCUGUCGGACGGAGGUAUCUGCUGCAUUGACGAGUUUGACAAGAUGAACGAGUCAACACGAUCUGUGUUGCACGAGGUCAUGGAGCAGCAGACAGUUUCCAUCGCGAAGGCCGGCAUUAUCACGACCCUCAACGCCCGAACGAGUAUCCUGGCGUCUGCCAACCCGAUCGGCAGCAAAUACAACCCGAACCUGCCGGUCCCUCAGAACAUUGACCUCCCUCCAACCUUGCUGUCUCGAUUUGACCUGGUGUAUCUUGUCCUUGACCGGGUCGAUGAACAGGAGGAUCGCCGAUUGGCCAAGCACCUUGUGGGCAUGUAUCUCGAGGACACGCCGGAGAACGCGAGCCGGGAGGAGAUUCUGCCGAUCGAAUUCCUCACCGCAUACAUCACCUAUGCGAAGACCAACAUCCAUCCCGUCCUUACACAAUCCGCUGCAACGGCUCUCACUGACGCCUAUGUCGCCAUGCGGAAGUUGGGCGACGACAUCCGCUCCGCCGAUCGCCGCAUCACUGCCACGACGCGUCAAUUAGAGUCGAUGAUCCGGCUGUCAGAAGCACACGCCCGGAUGCGGUUGUCGCCCGAAGUCACAGCAGAAGAUGUCGAAGAGGCGGUGCGUCUCAUCCGAUCCGCUAUCAAACAGUCGGCUACGGACGCGCGCACGGGUCUGAUCGACAUGAGCCUGCUGACGGAAGGGACGAGCGCGAGUGAGCGACGACAGCGCGAGAACCUGAAGCGAGCCGUGCUGGCACUUGUGGACGAAAUGGGUGCGUCGGGCAACGCUCCUCGGUGGGCGGACGUAUAUCGCCGCCUGAGUGAGAACAGCAGCAUCGAAGUGGAGGGCGGCGAGUUUGCCGACGCGGUGAGAGCGUUGGAGACGGAAGGACUGGUCAAUGUCAUCGGGGAGGGUGCUCGGAGAACGAUCAGACGCGUGGGAGGCGCAAUCAUCUGUGUUGACAUGUCAGUAGUAGUGAAGACUGCACUGAGAGUCUACCUACAAUCUACAUCUAAGUCUCAGCUGCCAGUGACGGCUUCCUGUUGGUGGGCACAACCUGCAUCUACCCUAACGGCUGCAACGGAACAACGACGCUGGCGGCAGUGGCAGCCAGUCGGAUCUGAGGAAAGAGAUCUUAUUCCAAUUCCGAGUCACAUGGUCAAUCAUCACUCGAUGGUCCAUUGGCCGGGAAAUGAUUGCUGCCCAACAAACGAGGGCAAGACAGGGAAAGAGCUACCGUCGCGGUGGAGAGCUGCCGUCGCGACUUCUAAAUUAGGCGAUCAUGCACCUUCUUGGAAUCUGCACAGAGCCGCUGUUGCCGAAUCGGGAACGCCGCCGGUCCCUGCCGCAAAGAGCGGUCCCACCACGUGA